GUUUACUUCCGGGUUAUCCGAGUCGAAAACAAGAGGGGCACCAACACGCCCACGACACGGAGCAAAGCGGAUUAAAAUCCCGCAGAGAUGGCAGGAGAGGCUGAGGACGAGAUACCAGAAUCGGGAGCAGUUUUCACUUUUGGGAAGAGUAAAUUUGCAGACAACGUCCCCAGUAAAUUCUGGCUAAAAAAUGACGUCCCGCUCAAAAUAGCUUGUGGGGACGAACACACCGCCUUAAUAACAGAAAAUGGGAAACUCUUCAUGUUUGGCAGCAACAACUGGGGCCAGCUCGGUCUGGGGUCCAAACUGACUGUGAACAAACCGACAUGUGUGAAAGCUCUGAAGUGUGAGAAGGUUCAGCUGGUGGCCUGUGGAAGGAACCACACCCUCCUCUGCACCGCUCAGGGAAAAGUGUACGCCUCAGGCGGGAACAGCGAGGGUCAGCUGGGGCUGGGCGACUGCGAGGAGAGGACGGCGUUUCAGCGGUUGGACUUCUUCGAUUUGCACGGACCAAUGAAAAUGCUCGCUGCCGGUUCAAACACCUCGGCUGCUCUGACAGAGGGCGGCAAACUGUUCAUGUGGGGCGACAACACGGAGGGUCAGAUCGGUCUGGGCAAGGAGAGUCACGCCUCCUCGCCGCAGGAAGUCAGCGUGGGACGACCGAUCAGCUGGGUGUCCUGUGGAUACUACCACUCCGCCUUAGUGACAGUGGACGGAGGUCUGUACACGUUCGGAGAGCGGGACAGCGGUAAACUGGGUCUGGGCACCGACCAGCUGCCGCGGCACCGAGUCCCUCAGCUGGUGAAGAGCAUCAAGGAGGCGGUGACGCAGGUGGCCUGUGGGGGGGGGCACACUGUGGCGCUCACAGAGGACGACGUGUACACCUUCGGCCUCGGCCAGUUCGGGCAGCUCGGCCACGGGACGUUUAUAUUCGAGUCUCGGCUGCCGCGUCCCGUGGAGCACUUCAAGAAGGGCCGGGUCCGUGAGGUGGCCUGCGGAGAGAAUCACACGGCGGUCAUCACCGACGCAGGUUUGCUCUACACGUUUGGAGACGGCCGACACGGUAAACUGUGUCUGGGAGAGGAGAACUUCACCAACCAGUUCAAACCGACUCUGUGUCCGCGCUUCCUCCAGUACCACGUCCAGGCCGCCGUGUGCGGCGGCUGUCACAUGGCGGUGCUGGCUCGGCCGCGGGAUCGGAGCUGCGGUGAAGUGACUCUGGAGGAGGAUGACGUGACAGAAGAUUACCUGCAGAAGCCGUACGUGGAGCUGCUGGGGGACACGGCCGACUCCUCCACCCUGCAGAGGAGCCUCUCUGCCCGGGUGCGCAGGAGGGAGAGGGAGCGAUCUCCAGAUCAGUUCGGCUCCAUGUUCCGCACUCUGCCCGCCAUGACGCCCGGCUACCUCCACCCGCCACUGCCCGUGUCCAGCCAGACCAUCCCGCCCAGGCUGCCUCCACCUGAGCUGGCCCACAGGAAGGUGCUCAACGGCGCUCACCAACACGGGAGCGCAGGGUCGAUCCGACAGGCGCAGGCAGCGGCCGAGACGGACAGCGUUGUGGAGAGCCUGACCGACACCGACAGCGUUAGAGGCCUGGGAGAAACCACAGACUUCCUCAACAUGACACAUGUGAUGAAGAUGGACCCCAGUGAUCAAUCUCUCACCCUGUCUCCAGUUCAGAAGAGGAAGGGUAAGCACGGUAAGACCGUUAAAGGACAGACAGAGGAGAGAAACCGGUCGAAGCAGGGCGGUUUCUCUCUGACUUCCCCGUACCGUAAGAGCGAGACUGUCUCUGCUCGCCAGGCGUUACCCACCGAGCUCCUGAGAGGCCACGGCGCUCGCUCUCUGGCCUCGCAGAGUCCGCAGAGACCGAGGACCGAGCAGAACAAAGAGAAUCUGAUAAUGGCCGAGGGGGAUCUGGAGCGGAGAGCCGGUAAAAACAGACCUCUGACUAUAGAGGACAUCAGGAAGGCGGCGUCUAAGCAGCGUCACAGGCCCGUUCAGGGUAAGAGUCAGCUGAUAGAGGUCGACAGGAAGCAGGUUCCCGGCGCUAAAGCGUCAGGUGUCUGCCCGGGAUCUGCAGGGGCGACGGGUAAACAGGUGCAGGCUAAAGCUGCGAAAAGCAAACCGACAGUCACUCAAGGUAAACAUGCAGGAGUUAGCUCGGCAGGUAAAGGCUCACCUGGCCUCCACCUGGGCGACGGCAGCACAGGUAGCUCCCGUCUGAAAUCCACACACGGCACUGAUCCGUCCAAGAAAUCCAAGGAUGAGAAAAACAAAAAAGCUGCUCAGUCAAAAAAAGAAAUUCAGAGAGAGGACGGGCGGUCAGAUGGGCGCCUGCUCGCCGGAGCCGCCGCACUCGCAGCCGGAUCGGUUUUAGCGCACGAGGUGGCGUCCAGAGGCCGCUUCAGCUCGCCGUCGUCCUCCCCAUCCGAGAGCAGCCGCCGCGCCCUGACAGACGCCGUGAGGAAAUCGAGGAGCGACGAAUCUGAAUCCUGCGCCGCCGAUUUCAGCAACAAAUCAUCGGUCAGCAUCAACAUCACGCCGGCGUCCGAGACUCGGGACGAGGAGGGAACGAGUCAGGAUGACAGUGAGGAGCAGACGACCUCUGUCAAGGAGGAGGAGGAAGAUGAGAAGGGGCAGAGAACAAGUGCAGAUGUUAGUGAGGAAGAAGAAGAGGAGGAGGAGAGCCAGAGUGUGGAGAAAGUGUCAGAAGAAGAAGAUGACGAAGACAGCGAUACUCUUCAGCCAGAGGAGGAGGAGGAGGAGACGGAUGGAGACGAGGAGAGAAGCAGGAGUGUGGAAGAAGACGAGAGCGCUGCUGCAGAAGAGGAGGAGGAAGAGGAGGAGGAAGAGGAGGCAAGCGGGACAGCAGGAAGUGAAAGUGAAGAUGAGAGUGCAGGGAAAGAAAGCAAAGGAGGUGAUGCAGAGGAGGAGGAGGAAGGUGAGGAAGGGUCAAGUCGUGAGACAGAAAGCAAAAGAGCAGAGACUGAAAACGAGGAGGAGGAGGGUGAGGAGGAAGAGGCAGAUUUGGAAAGCGAGGGUGAGGAAGAGGAGGGUGAAAGUGAGUCCUUAAAGUCUUCAGAGGAGAGUGAUGUAGAGAGUGAGGGUGAGGAGGAAGAGGAGGAGGAAGAGGAGAGAGCGGAGAGUAGUGCCGAGGAGGAAGAGGAGGAGAGUGAUGAGGAAGAAAGUGAAAAUGAGGAGGAAAGUGAAGAAGAUAAUGAAGGAAAAGAGGAGGAGAGUGAAAAUGAAGAGCAGGAGGAAGAGGAGGAGGAGGAGGAAGAAGCAGAGGAAGAGGAGGAAGAGGCAGAACAGGACGAAGAGAGUGAAGAAGAAGUGGCAGAAGAGGAGGAGGAGGAGGAAGAAGCAGAGGAAGAGGAGGAAGAGGCAGAACAGGAAGAAGAAAGUGAAGAAGAAGUGGCAGCAGAGGAGGAGGAGGAGGAGGAGGAGGAAGAAGCAGAGGAAGAGGAGGAAGAGGCAAAAGAAGAAAAAGAGAGUGAAGAAGAAGCGGCAGAAGAGGAGGAGGAGCAAGAGGAAGAAGAAGCAGAGGAUGAGGAGGAGGAGAAGGAUGAGGGAGAUGAAGAGUCUGAGGAGGAAGAGGUGGAUAAUGAAGAUGAAGAGGAAGAAGCUGAAGAAGAGGAGGAGGAGGAAGAGGAGGAGGAAGAGGUCCAAAGGAAAAAGUCUGCUGGUGUCAAAAGACAAAGUGGGAGAUCUACAAGUAAACAGAGGUCAGGGGUCAAAGGUCAGGCAGCGGGGGAGUCGGAGGAGUUCUGGGGCGACGUUUUGCCUCAGUACCUCAACCUGAAAUAACUUUAUUGAUCACAAUGAGACACGACACAUAUAAUAAGAGGAGACUUCCUUGUUCACCUGCGCAGGUGAGGAGGAGUCUCCCUGUCACGUUCACCAGCUCCACCGUUCAGUGGCGUUUUCAGGAAGGUCUCACCUGAACGUUUAAACCAUCUGCCCUGAUGUUGACCUGAGUGUUGAGGACAGGUGUUGGACCCGUUGCUCAGGUGUGUUUGGAGCGUCAGUGUUCCCCUCCUCCCUGUGCUUCCUGCUCGUGCACGAACACGCCGUGCACGAACACGCCGUGCACGAACACGCCGUGCACGAACACGCCGUGCCUUCCCGCUCUCAUCCAUCAUCUCACAUGAAGUCGCUUCUUCUUUUCACUGCUUUAGUAACGGCGUCUUCCAGUGAAGGAGAAAUGUAGAAACUGAUUUAGAAACUUGAAGUUUUGCUUGUGAAGUCGUUGUUUACGUGUGUUUUUUGGCAGCUUCCUUGUUCCUGCUUGUUUGGUGAUGCAGUACGUGACAGUGUGCCGUUAGGUAACGCAGCCCGUCAGUCAGCGUCACAACACGGUGCCUUUGAUCUGAGGAGAAACAACGAUCCUCUUCCCUCCUUUUAAUUUUUCUGUUCUCAUUCAUUUCUGUCUCUGGUAAUAAACAUCUGUGUUUCCUUUAGUUUGUGUUGAUUCAACUUCUUCCUCCAUCUCUCACAUCUGUCUGUAAACACACCUGAGGGGAGCAGACGCAGGUGACCACCACACCUCACCGAAACACCUUAGCUUAAGAUUUUCCUUAAAGUCUGAGUUACGGUUUCCUCUUAAGUAUUGAAGGUUUUCUCCUUAACUUAGUCUUAAGCUUAAGGAAUCACUUAGAGUCAGUGAAGCUGUUGCACAAAAUGAGAUAACGGCUGCAAAUCGUCAGUCUCCAUGGAAACAGCAGAAUUUAGCCGCU